GUGACCGGAAGUCGCCGGUCACGUCGAUCCCCGGCGUGUGUCCCCCACGCCCCCCAGGAAUGGCAGCCCCGUCCAUGAAGGAAAGGCAGGCGUGCUGGGGCGCGCGCGACCUGUACUGGCGGUGUCUCGACGACAACGCGGAGGACGCGGCCCGGUGCCAGCAGCUGAGGAGCUCGUUCGAGGCCAGCUGCCCCCAGCAGUGGAUAAAAUACUUUGACAAAAGAAGAGACUACUUAAAAUUCAAGGAAAAAUUUGAAGCCGGAGAGAUCCAGCCUUCACGGUCAACUGAAAAUUCCUAGGCUCUGUCUGGACUCCACGUGGGUGGAAAUCAUUCCUCUGGACUUUGGUAAAU